GCGAUGAUGAGCCUCUUUGGAGCCAAUAAUCUCUUUCGCGCCAAUUAAGGUCAGCCUCAUGCCAGACUUGUUGCUUGAGCCUCUUCAUUCGCUCGCUGUGGAGUGUGGAUGGAGACCCAUCGAUCGUGGAUGCGUAUCUCCAUCUGCGUGGAUGCGCUCGAGCUACUGCAGCGACCCUCAACGACACUCAAAGACUUCACAUUGUAUUUGAUUUGGGCGCAAUCGCAGACGUCUUACUCGAGACUCGGCUAUACAGCACAACGAGUAGUUACGUGUAUCUUCUCGCGCCUCAUCCAUCCACACAUCGCAACGACCAAAUCUUUGAAGUCAACCUUCACGACCCGCGCGGAGUCGAGAGUUGCCGAACGCCAAGCCCGCUCCUGCGCUGCUGCUGCAGCAGACCGCGCACAUAUGCCGGCUGGACGGAUGCGAAAACGCCGCGCGAGGUUUAGCUCGGACUUCUGCCCGGCCGGCGCCUUUCCACCACAGGCGCAGCAGAAGCGGCGAAUGUGCGGUCGGCCGAUCGAGCUCCGCAAGGUCAAGCGCGAUUUGUAUACAGUCGCGAGUCGUGCGGCCCGGUUGAGCGAGCGCUAUGUAUCCCGCGAUGUAGGUACAGGGACAGCUAGGGGUCCCUGCGGAGCGAUUCUGUCGACGCGCUGAUGACAAGGCUUCGCUUCUCUUUCCGAACCGGAGCCACCUUCGGAGACGAGCAGCUUGUUGCGCACUCACGAGUCGUGAUUGCUCUAUGGCCACCCAGCCACUUACUACUAC